AACGCCCAAAACAAUCUGAACUGCCAAUCUACUUUUGGUCCCUGCCAGAGCAUUGUUGGCAACGACUGCAUGUGGACUUUGCAGGUCCCUUCGAAGGAAAAAUGUGGAUUGUGCUUGUUGAUGCUUUAUCAAAGUGGGUAGAAGCAGAUGUACUUUAUGCUGCCACCACAAGAACUUUGUGCGAAUUCCUAGAGGAGAAGUUUAUAACAUUUGGUUAUCCGGAAAUUAUCGUGUCGGAUAAUGGUAGUCAAUUUACGUCAGAAGAGUUUCGAAAUUAUUGUCAAAGUCAUGGAAUAAAACAUGUAACGUCUUCACCGUACCAUCCGAAAACCAACGGACUAGCCGAACGAUUCGUACGAACAUUCAAGGAGCGCAUGAAAGCCAGUGAAUAUGAUGGUUUAUCACAACGUCAGCGCUUGCGCACAUUUCUAUUUACAUAUCGAAACACACCACACUCCUUUACAGGGAAGGCACCAUCUGAAUUUUUGCUAGGUCGACGCCUGCGAACUUUAUUUGACAAUCUGAAGCCUAAUGUACGGCGAGAGAUGCAUUUUAAACAUGUAAAACAAAAUCUUCAAGCAGAGCAGUCUAACAGAGAGUUCCAACCAGCACAACCAGUAUUCGUAAAGACAGACAUCGAGAAAAUGUGGGAACCAGCCAACAUAGUCGAAAGAACAAAUCGAUAUUCCUACCGUGUUCGAACAAAGGACGGUGUAGAAAGAAGACGACAUGCAGAUCAUAUCCGAGAACGGAGGGUAAUACCACCAUCAAUCGACUUCCGGGAUGUCUCAGAUUUUAAGCGAAACAGUUUCCAUUACCAAUCUGCAAGCCCGACAGCAAAUGAUGAACAGGAACAUCAGCAGUCUAUGCAACCCGCUAUACCGUCGCAUGGAAACGGAAACAUGAGUGAACAAGGACAACACACCGAAGCACAACAAAUUGAACAUCCAGUACGGCGAAGCCAACGGCUAAGAAAUCGACCCAAGAGACUAGUCGAAGAGAUGUAA